ACCCACCCGGUUCUCAGCUGCAUUUAAUCGGACGGAAAACUUCCUGAAUGACACACUAAACACGUCAGGAGGCUGUUGUUUAUCGCAGCAAACAGUGGAACCGGUUGUCGGUUGUUGUUGUUACCGCUGUGUCAGAAGGCACGUACGUAGCUUCACAGCGACACCGCUCUCGGCUGCGAUAUUUGGGACGAAGUUGAUCACCUGCUCUGAUGAGCAGCUAAUCUCACAUUAGCACGCUGCUGCUCCGCGAUACCAACAGGACCGCACCGCUUCUCUGACAGCUGUUUCACCGCAGGUUCUUGUCCGCUCCUGUUCUGUCAGCUGCUGUGAGUGAUUGAAUGCGGUGAGACUGGCAUCCGUGAACGGGCACGCACUUGAAGGGCCAUUGAUUGGUCGAGGAUGACCAUGAACGACAUGAAGAAUGAAGCUGAAACCGCCAAACUAUUCUCCAUGGCUCUCUACUCUGUGAUGUAUCCUGUUUUUAACCAGCUGGAGCAAGUCAACUUAUCAGCAGCGCAGACCUUGAGAGCAGCUUUUAUCAAGGCAGAGAAGGAGAACCCUGGUCUGACCCAGAGCAUUGUUAUCAAAAUACUAGAGAAGAAGAGGUUACGAAUCAACUAUAAUGAGUCUUUGCUUCGCAUGGCUGGAGACGGUGUAGAAGAGUUCAUGAUUGACAGGCAAGAGCCAGAGUUCCAGGAGCUGAAUGAGAGGGCCCGCACUCUGAAACACAUCCUCAGCACCAUACCAGAUGAGAUCAGUGACAGAGUGAGCUUCCUUCAGACCAUCAAAGAUAUCGCCAGUGCCAUAAAGGAGCUGUUGGACACAGUUAAUAGUGUCUUCAAGAAAUACCAGUAUCAGAACAGACGGGUUCUGGAGCAGCAGAAGAAAGAGUUUGUGAAAUACUCCAAGAGCUUCAGCGACACUCUCAAAACAUUCUUCAAAGACGGAAAAGUGAUAAACGUGUUUGACAGCGCCAACCACCUCAUCCACCAAACCAACAUGAUACUGCAGGCCUUCAAGACUGUGGUGUAGCAACUCUGAGAGGAUAGACCGACUCGUGUGGAUGGACGGAUGUUGUUGUUUGAGGAGAGGUGAUGAAGACACUGUAUGAUUUUUGAGUGUAUAAUUUAUUAUUCCAUGGCUUUGAGGGAAGAUCAGGUAGAUUUAUGUUCAAAGCAAAUCAGAUUGACAGUAAUUGACUGGGAUUUUUUACUCUCUUUUAUGUCCUCCUUUUAUCAGAUCUUAAGUCAAUAUUUCUUUGGGCCUUUCAAUAUUUACCGUCUCUGUUCUGGUCUUAAAAAUGUGUGAAAAUGUGAACAUUUUCCAUGUCCUUGAAUGUUCUGCAACUGCAAAUGUCUUAAAAGUUGCAAUAAAAAGAAGUGACGUCAAGUUUCCAAAACA